AAAUGUAAUGAAAACGUCAGACGGUGAUUCCAGCACCCUUAAAUUCUUAGCUUAGAAGUCAGAAACAUACAACGUCUUCCUUUCCUUCUUCAUCCCCUCAGAUCACUCCACCCAGACAAUUUUUAAGCAUUAGAGCCACUGAGACUUGAGUGUGCAAAGGUCCACUAAUUCACUAUUUCGACGUCUACAAGAAGAACCAAACAAUAUACGCACCCAUAACAUUCAUAGCAAGGGACCAUUUAGCUCAGACUAAAUCCGCGAUGUACAUUGCAGAAAGAUUUCUCUUUCAUGACUCGAAAUGGACAUUGCUCGCCAUCUUUGUAGCUUUUAUGUACCUAGCUCACCGAGCUUCCGCCCUUCGUAAAGGUCGCUUACCUCCGGGACCGCGUGGACUGCCUCUUUUUGGAAAUCUUUUCCAACUAAACAUCGAUGCUUGGCUCACUUUUGCAGAAUGGAAAGAGCAAUAUGGUCCUCUCGUUCAAAUAAAUGUUGCUGGACAAAGAAUUGUGAUCAUGAACACUCAUAAAGUCGCCUCUGAUUUGCUGGACCGCAGAGGUCCAAUCUAUAGCGACCGACCAAGAUUCAUUGUUGCUUCCGAAAUUCUAACGGGAGGACUACUGAUGCCCUUUGCCCAAUACAACGACGUUUGGCGUAGAAUGCGCCGUGCAGGUCAUGAAGGUUUAAAUAAAACAGUUUCGAGAGAUUUUUUUGGUCCACAAUACAGAGAAGCUGUAUUACUUGCCGAUGGAAUGCUCAAACACCCAGAACUCUGGAAUGAGGAAAUUCGGCGCGCGACAGCGUCAAUGAUUUGGGAUGUAAUUUAUGACAAGCCCCCCAUUACAGACGUGGAAGAUCCUGAGAUCACUCGGAUCAACGACUUCACCACUCGUCUCGUUCGUGCUGCUUUCCCAGGGGCUCAUUAUGUAGAAUUCUUCACGUGGAUGAAGUAUCUUCCGAGGUCUGUAGCCAGGUGGAAGCGGGAUGCAGAAGAGUGGUUCCGCAAGGACUCACAAUUCUUCGAAGGUCUUUUCCUUGAGGCUCAACACCACGUGGAAAAUGGGGAGGCACGACCGAGCUUUGCUACUAAUCUCAUUCGUGACAAAGAACGAUACGGCAUACCUGACAGAGAGUCGGCUUGGCUUGCAGCUACAUUAUAUGCUGCUGGAGCUGAAACAACUGCGGGAGUGCUCUCUUGGUUCAUGCUUGCCAUGAUAUUGUAUCCAGAUGUCCAGACGAAGGUUCAGGAAGAGCUGGAUGCUGUUGUCGGUCGGGAUCGCUUGCCCACAUUUGCCGACCAAGAAAGCCUUCCAUAUCUCCAAGCCACUGUUCGAGAAGCACUCAGAUGGCACCCUGUGGAUCCUGUUGGUGUACCACAUCAGUCUAACCAAGAUGAUUGGUAUGAGGGCUACUUUAUCCCCAAAGGUACUAUCUGCAUUGCUAAUGUCUGGUCACUGAACAGAGACAUUGGGGCUUAUAUCCAGGGACCAGAUGCUGCAGACUUCAAUCCGAGACGCUUCCUCGAUAAAAAUGGUCAAUUGAAACCUGCAUUGGCUGAUACAAAAGAAGGUGAGGGACAUGUCAGUUAUGGAUUUGGAAGGCGGCUCUGCAUAGGUCGACACGUCGCCAACAACUCUUUGUUCAUUGACAUCGCUUGUCUCCUCUGGGCGGUUAGCAUUGGUCCAGUUCAUGACUCUCAAGGGAAGGCUAUCAUGCCCGUCGAAUCAAAAAGCAUCAAUGAUGGAUUAGUUGUUCGCCCGAUUCCGUUUCGCUGUUCAAUCACUCCUCGAUUCCCAGAAGUCAAUACCAUUCUUGCUCAAAGCAAGGAUGUAGUUGGGAAUAAUUAAUCAGGAACACCAGCAGUUGAACUCGAAGAUCCACCGAAUAGUUCAAAAGUUAAACCGAACUCAAUAUUACCGAUUUACCAUUCACGUCCUUCAUAUUCCCAGUCCUUCCCAGUCCUGUUAUGUAUUGCAGACUAGUGAUACCAUGUUGAAUAGUUCUCCUUGAACAAGCUUUAAGAAAGUCGCGAGAAAUACUUACUCUGUACUUACUCUCAGGCUACUUACUUGACUGAAUGCAAUAUAUUUGGUUUAUUUCAAACU